UUUCAUAAACCAAGUUAUCUUCCACCGGCCGUUUCCUCGUACUUGUCACCCACAGUCACUUUAGACACCGUCGAUCUCGAUCUCUCUGUCUCUCGUCCAGUCUCAACUCAAAUAUCUUUUUGUAAGUCUCUUUCGGAACUUUUCCGGGAAUUUCAUAGCAGAUUUGCAAAAAAGAAUCGUUUUUCCUUUAGGUACUAUAACAACUUAUUCUAUGUUCAAUUCUUCAUUUGUUUCCCGUUUUGCGAUCUGUUCAGAUACUUUCUUUAUUUCCUUUUGUGAUUGUAUAGAAGUUCUUUUCAUCUGUGGAGGUUGAUUCUUAAGGCUGUUGGUGAAAUUGAAUUAGGGUUCGUGUUAGAUUUUCUGGGUCUUUCUCCAAUUUUUGGUUUUUGAAAAAAAUCAUUUUUUUUCCUAAAUUUUUUUUUCUGGAGUUCAAUUGUUUUUAAGGUUUUGGCUAUUUGAGCUUUCUUACUGCAUUCUUGAGUUUUAGCUUGUCGUUUGUUAUUCUUAAGGUUGUGUUUCUUCAUUGAAACAGUGGUUUUGUAUUUCUUUCUGAUACUUGAUAAUUUUAGGGCUUCAACCUUCAAUUUUUAAGUUUAGGGAGCUAUUUUUAUGGCAUUUGAAUGCCAAAAAGGUACUGAGAGUUUGAAAAUUUGCUCAAUUGAACCUGCUAAGAGUCGAGAUAAUUUGACAUUAGCCUCAGAGGAAAGAAAACCCUCGUAUAAAUUAGAUGCAAAAGGUGAUAUUGUGAAUUCUAAACGCAAAGAGCUGCUUAUUGUUAAUGGGGUUCUUCCUGAUUGUCGGUCUAUCACUGAACUUCCUCCGGUAUUGAUCUCGGAGAUACUUAACUGUUUAGAACCGAAGGAGCUUGGUAUUGUUUCAUGUGCUAGUACAUUAUUGUAUCGUCUUGCGUCUGAGCACCAUGUGUGGAAGGAGUUUUAUUGUGAGAGGUGGGGGCAGCCGACAUGUCAGGCACAUUUUGGUGCAGAGCAUUCGGGUGAGAAGUCAUGGAAAGAGCUCUUCGUGGAGAGAGAGUUCCGUUGUAAAACAUUUAUGGGGCGCUAUACUAUUGAUAUAUUGUAUGGUCAUACUGAGGAUGUUAGGACAGUUUUUGUUUUAUCUUCGAAGAAGCUUGUGUUUACUUCAGGGUAUGAUCAGAUAGUACGAAUGUGGGACUUGGAAGAAGGGUUGUCAAUUGCAUCAUCUCGCCCUCUUGGCUGCACUAUCCGUGCAGUUGCAGCUGAUUCGAGGCUCUUAGUGGCUGGGGGUACUGAUGGAUUCAUUCAUGGUUGGAGAGCGAAUGACGAAAAUCCACAUUUAUUUGAUCUUGGAGCUCCUCAGAACCAGAAUAUGGAAUUCCGAGUUUGGGAACAUGAUGGACCGAUAACAUGCCUUGCGUUAGAUUUCAAUAGGAUAUAUAGUGGUUCAUGGGACACGAGUAUUCGUGUUUGGGAUCGAUCUUCUUUGGAGUGUUUGGAAGUUUUGAUACACAAUGACUGGGUUUGGAGCCUUGCUCCCCAUGAUGCAACACUGGUGAGCACAGCAGGCUCGGAUCUUUAUGUUUGGGACAUUAAUAGUGGUUCAAAACUUGCUAUCGUCAAGAAUGCCCAUUCUGGGUACACUUACUCUCUGGCGCGGAGCCACACCGGGAAACUUUUAUUCACUGGUGGGGAAGAUGGAGCGAUACACAUGUUUGAGAUCUUUGGAAAUGCUAGGUGUCAUGUCAGGCGUGUUGCAACUUGGAUUCCUCACUCAAGUGCUGUUAAUUCUCUUGCAUUUGAGUUCCCUUGGCUUGUUUCAGCUUCGAGUGAUGGAAAACUUUCACUUAUUGAUGUGAGAAAGCUGUUGAGAACAAACCGGAAUUCCACAAUGAGUAACUCUUCUAAAGCUGACAAUCUGGUUGACAAUGUUGAACCACCACAAAGAAUGCUGCAUGGUUUUGGGAGCAAUUUAUUUGCGGUGGAUGUUGGAUCUAACCGUAUUGUGUGUGCUGGUGAAGAAGGUGUUGUCAGGAUUUGGAACUUCUCUCAAGCUUUGGAGAUCGAGCAGCGGGUCCAAGUGCUAAGAGGUUUAAGGUUAGAGAACAGAGUGAGAAGGCGUAAGCAUCAACUGGAAAUGAAUGGUAAAGGUAGGCGUGGUGAUCAGUGCUCAUUUGCAGCAAAGAAGAACCAAAUUGAUGGUGAUAGGAUUAGGAACAGCUGGCACAACAGGCGUAGGAUGACUUGGAAAGUGAAGGCCUAGAAGUGAUGGCAGUUUGUCAUUGAUCCUAGGAUAAUUCUAUUUGCUAAUAGCUAAUCAUGUAUGUAUGGAAAGGCAUAUUAUUGGUUUAAGGGUUCCGUAGUUUCACCUCUCUCAUUUAUACUGGCAUUUGAAGUGAAGGUACAAUCUGUAUUCUUUACUACUUUUUCGUUUAUUUCUCUUAUUUGAUCUGUUUCUUCUGGCACUACAAGGGCUUGUCUACUUUUAGUCUCUGAUCACUUUAGGAUGUACCAGUGUUUCUCUUAA